UCCGCCGAGUUGGCGGGAAAGCGGCGGCUGGGCGGAAUGGCGGCGGCGGCGGCGGCGCCCACAGACUCGCAGCCCGGAGGCUGCCCGGCGGCCGUGAGGCUGCCGCGGUCGCCCCCGCUCAAGGUUCUGGCGGAGCAGCUGCGGCGCGACGCGGAGGGCGGCCCGGGCGCGUGGCGGCUGUCUCGGGCGGCGGCGGGCCGCGGGCCGCUGGAGCUGACGGCCGUGUGGAUGCAGGGCACGGUGGUGGAGGCGGGCGGCGGCGAGGCGCGGCUGCGGGACCCGAGCGGGGCCUUCUCGGUGCGCGGCCUGGAGCGGGUGCCGCGCGGGCGGCCCUGCCUCGUCCCAGGAAAGUAUGUGAUGGUGAUGGGAGUGGUCCAGGCCUGCAACCCUGAGCCAUGCCUGCAGGCUGUGAAGAUGACAGAUCUUUCCGAUAAUCCCCUCCAUGAAAGCAUGUGGGAGCUGGAAGUGGAAGAUUUACACAGGAAUAUUCCUUAGAGGAUGUUGGAACCGUCGAUAAAAGCAACCAAAAUUCUGAAACAACUUAGGUUCUUAUACCAUAUGGAUUUUGUGGAUAUCACUCAAUGUAUAUUUCUCAAAAGUUUAUCAGAGAGCUUUGCUCCGAGGCGCCCGGAUGUCGGCUUUCUAGAUGCUGGGACACUCCAGUGAAUUCAGCCCCUGCUGCCCCGUGCUUUGACUGCAUGCUGAUGAAAAGCAGAUGUUUUGUUCUCUCUCUCUCUCUUUGUCUCCUCGUGUGUUAAUUCUCUCUCUCUAAAGCACACAGAAAUCUCGUGCUGCAUAUUCCAAAUUUUACAAGUGAUGAUCCUUUUUCCAUUACCACCGCAACCCUGUUUUACGAGGCAGAAUUUGAAGCUCAGCCAUUGCCCACGGAGAUUAAAGUGUGGUUAUGGGCAGGAAAAGAGGCUGCUUGAAAAAGGAAUGACCGCAUGGCUCCGCAUCUUCAUCAACAGCUUCCAUAUCCAGUUUGCAAGUCAAAUGGCAUUUUCUAACUGCAGGCACUGGGGCCCCUCCGACACGGCCCUCUUUCUGCUUCACAUGCUACUCAGCCCUAAAUGUAAGGUCCGUUCCCCGCAGAUGUGGACGAUGAUGCCUGCCCUUCUUCCUUCACUCGGGCAUGUUGAAACACUUAGAAUUUCUUGUUGAAACUAAAAUCAAGAUUGAGAAUGACGUCCAGGAGUGAACUACACUUCUGCCUCAUAACUUUUGGUGAGACACUGUGAAGGGGCAGCCUCCUGGUUCAGUCUUUAUCUUGUUUUUGGUAGAGAAUGUCCUUUUGUUGUGAUUGUGCUGAGUGUUGGGUGGCCUGCUCUCCACUUCUAACCCAUCCUUCACUUUUCCUUACAUUGUAAAUAUCAAGGGGGUCAGGUUAUGUUCCUCACUGCUGUAGAGUUUUGCUGGGUUGUUGAUCUCUAAUAAAUUGUUUUCU